AAAUAUCGAUAAUCCGAUGUUCACCACUCAGAAGGCAACCAAACUAACAUUUUUAAAUACUAAAUAAGAAACUUAAUAUGUGGCUAUCAAAUAACUUGCAAGUGUGCUUAACACACUUAAAGACAACGCCAAAGAUCAUUAAAUAUGGUUUUAUGGAUUCCAAAUUUGGACGAAUGCUGCUGGGACUCACAACCAUAGUAAAGGGCGCUAAAAGCUGCAACACAAUUUGCGUAUUGUAUUUUAUACAAGAAAACGAAAUUUCAACAUUGAAAGAGGUGCAGCAACGUUGGCCCAACGUAGAAUUCGUGGAGGAUGCUGAAUCCAUUAAUCAAGUCGUCGAAAUCCUAUCGGUCGAUAAGGAGAACACCGCUGCAAUCGACGUUGCUGUGGUGGGAACAGAUUUACAGUUUGCCGUUUGGAACGAAUUGAUUAAAUUAAAGGCGGGCAAAACGUUGACUUACAGCGAACUAGCUGAGCUGGUGGAGCGUCCCAAGGCGGUGCGAGCGGUGGCAAAUGCUGUGGCAAAGAAUGAGGUGUCCAUACUGAUACCUUGUCAUCGUAUUGUAUCCAAAAGCGGCGCUGUUAAAUAUCAUUGGGGUGCAAAGCUUAAGAGCGAUUUGUUGGCAUACGAAGCAAAAUAAAUAUAAAUAUAUAAUUUAAAAAUUCACUUUUAUUGAAA